UUUUCAGGAGACAGAAUGAAGAACACCUCCUGUCCGCAUGUCAGCUUCGACUUUGAACACAGAUUCCUGCCUCCUGUUUACAUCUUAGUAUUCAUCAUUGGACUGGUAGCUAAUGGAUGGGGACUGAAGUCUCUGCUGCACAACUGGAAGAAGCUGAAGAUCAUCAAUGUUUUUGUUCUCAACCUUGGACUUGCAGAUAUUUUGUAUCUGCUCACACUCCCAUUUUUGGUGGUCUACUACUUUAUGGGGAGUAAAUGGAUCUUUGGAGAUGCAUUCUGCAAGAUAACAAGAUUCUGCUUCAACCUGAAUUUAUAUGGCAGCAUUGGGUUCCUUACUUGUAUAAGUGUGUACAGAUACCUGAGCAUUGUCCAUCCAAUGAGAGUGAUGGGAAGAAUAACUCUGACUCCCUCUGUGGCUAUCUCAAUCACAGUUUGGUUGUUGGUGAGCGUUCAAAGUCUUCCAGACAUGUUCUACACCAAAACAUUUGGAAACAUCACUGUAGGAUGUUACGAUACCACCAGUAAGAUCUAUGUUGAGGAUUACCUGAAAUACAGCUUCGGAAGGACACUCACUGGGUUUUGUAUCCCGUUCCUCAUCACACUGGGCUGCUAUGGACAUGUGAUUGUCGUUCUCUGCCGCAAAAAUACCAUUGACAAGAUACUGAAACAGAGAAGCUUGAAGUUGUUGUUCAUCUUGAUUCUUCUCUUCUCUGUUUGUUACAUCCCCCAUCAUGUAUUCAAGAACCUCAACCUCUUGUCAAGAGUUCUGUCCAAACAGAGGAUUUGCCAUGGAUGGUUUAAUGGAGUCUACAUUGCUCAUCAGAUAAGUCGUGGCCUUGUGUGUCUGAACAGUGCUCUCAACCCUCUGGUUUACCUCCAUGGAAAUGAAGAUAUUCCUGCUCAGCUCAGACGACUACUCCAGCAAGCUCGUCAGAUGUUCAGCCGUUUGCUUCUGUCAAACUCCGGGCGUGUGUCUGUGGCACAAACCGCAGAUGAAGCUUAACAAGAGUUAAGAUUUUAACAUUAACUGUUUAAAGACAAAUAGCUCAAACAGCAGCUCUUGCAACUUUUUCAUGCAGCUGUUCAUCACAACUAGUGGUGUACUGUAAAUUGAUUACAAUGUUAAUGUCAUUUUCUCUUAAGUAUUGCAUUCUUUGCUUGAAUAAUACUUUUGCUGUACAUUCUUGAUCUUUGUGUUUGUCAUGAUACUGUUAUCACAUGCAGACAAAUGUUCCAA